AUGACACAAGUGUCCUGCCUCUCAAGGGACCUUGCCACGCCCCUAUAUUUUCAUUCCGUAGGCUUAUCCGUUGAGCAAAAAUGGUUGCGGAUCAACGCCCAAACAUGCCUAGCCCUUCUGUUGUACUCUCGAACAGCUUCUUUCUGCGCCCCUCGGUUCCUGCGUUGCAACCUCAUCGGUACUAGUGCCCGUGACCUGACAGCACUCCAAAUCUUCUUGGAGUCCUUGAUGGGCAUUCAGAGUAGACCUAUCUUGUCGGUCAUAUGCUUCGAUGCACCCCCCAGAGUGGAUCUAGCUUCUUUAUUUCAGGUCAUCAAGAACUUAGGUUGCUCCAGCUUUACCUAUUCAAGCAGUGAUUUGGAGCAGCUGCGUGUGAUUGUACCUACUCCUGUUCCUGGAUCAGACCCAGGCGCGGUAUGUAGUCUUUGGCGAUUAUCAUUGGACUUGCCCAUGUUUUUCUCCCCAUGUGUCGCCUCACUCACCCUCGCAACCUUGCAAGAUUGUCCAUUAUCCAGCCUCUCACUCACCCACACUGGAUUGAGCGGCAUCAAGUGGGCUGCAUUACUGCGGAGCGUCCACCUCCCACUGCUUCAAAUGUUGACGGUUGAUGUCCAUUGCCCUCCUCAUGUCCUCGCUAAUUUUUUGAUCCGCCAUCAGAAUAUUGGGCAAGUGUGGAUUCAUCCAGGACAGACUUCUGUCCCACUGGAAUUGCAGAAUCAUUCCUCACAGAAGUUACACAGUCACACCUUGCAGCAGACUUCCAACUCCCAUUUACAUGAACUUACCGUUCUUGGUGGUCCAUCUUGGUAUCUUGUUCCCCUACUAGCUGCAAUUCAUCCGGCCACUUGCAUCCGAAAUCUCAACCUUCGGUUCGAGGAAGAUUCAACCUCCAACCACUUCUCCGCCGUUCUUGAUGUUACUCAACAUUUCACGAGCAUUCAUGCACUGCAGUUGAGUUUUUUCAAUGCUUCCCAUAACGUCAAUCACUAUGACGUUCCAUGCAAUGAACACCGCACCAUACCUGCGAAACAGCUGACUGUUUCUGUGCAUGGUCCUGAUCUGGAUGAUCUUCUCAUAAGUUCCCCUUAA